AUGAGAACAGUUUUUAGGUCGAAAUUUGAGCAGGACUGGACAUUACAAACUCUGCAGUUGCAGUUUGCUACUAUUUUGAAAAGACUGGACACAAUAUCAAUGCCCCUUACAUCUGCUGUAGCUGGUACUUGCAGUUCAUUUCCAAAUCUUACAUCUCUACCAAUACAUGCUCAAAGUGGCCAAACUCCUAAUACGAAUUGGAAUCCAUGCUCUUCAUUCCCGACAUAUCAGUCCUGGGCACAGGCUCUGGGAAGAAAUCCGUCAUUGUCUGCAACUUUACCGAACAAUUUAUCGUUGGAUCCUGUGAUGGUUCAGCAGCUACCUCCAGUAUAUCAAAAUCAGCAGGAAAGGUUGAAUAUACCUACUUCUGCUUCAACCCAGAUAAUGAAUCCCAGCUCAAUGCGUCCUAGUGUUGGUGAUUUUUUUGAAACAUACAAUGGUUCAGUACCGCUGAUCACAGUUCCGGAAAGCAUACGACCAUCAUCACCAACCUCAACUUUAGCUUCGCGCAGUGCAAGAAUUUGUCGUUUCCGACCUAAUGAUAGCGAAAUGCUAAUAAUACCAACAAUAACUAGUGGAGAUUCGAACAAUAACUUGCAACAACGAGAAUACAUGCCAGGUCCCCUGCGUAAAACGCAAUAUGGUGAACCACCGAUUCAUGUUCUGAACGAGUGUUAUAGUAUAGCUGGAAUGGGAGCUUCAGCUGAUAUACAACAGCAGGCACCAACGAAGCAAUAUCACCAGCUUGAAAAUGUCGGUACGAGAUGCGCUGUCCGACAUAUUGAACGAGGAUCAGAAAGCAAUGAUCGAUUAAAUGCUGGUGGCGGUGGCUAUCUUUCAACAGAACCUUUUUCAUUCUGUGAAGCACAGGAGAAAGCAUUAUACGUGCAUCGUUCGCGAGAUAGAAAUGGUUACCUGAUGCACGAAGGGGAACGGCAGUACGCACCAGCAAUCUCGCAUUUUACAGCUGCUACAGUUUGUGGUGUAUCGGGAGUAGUAAGAGGCGAGGGUGAAGAUGAUCGAAACAUGGCUAAUCCUGAGACUGCUAAUUUGUCAACAAUCAUUUUGAACAAUGGCCGUUCUAUGGAGACCCUGAAAUAUAAGUCCUAUGUGCCAUAUAUAGAAGUGGUAGAACAGACAGUAUAUACUGUGAAGAGAAGCGAUGAUGAUUGGUCAAAUCAAAAUUGGCCACUUUUUUUUGUGCAGAUUCAAGAUGAUAGGCUGUUAGAUAUUAUUGAUCAAUAUUUGGAUUGCUUAACAGCUAUUGAACCGUUACCAAAGGAAGAUAUUAAACUCGGCACUCUUUGCGUUUCAUACUGUCACGCAUUUCAAGCAAUGUUUCGUGCAGUGAUUACAGCAGUAUACCAUACGGAUGUGGAAGUGCAUUAUAUUGAUUACGGUAAUUAUGAAAGAGUUACUUAUAACGAUCUUCACUCUAUCAGUGAGCUGCCGGGAAUAACAAGGAUGCAUCCAGCCGUGGGAAUUCCUUGCAUACUGUUAGAUGUAAAUGAUAUCGAUAUAGGCCUUGAUAUCAGUGCGGAUAAUGACAUUUUGCAUUUUAUGAGUGCAGUUUCAUGCGAAAAACCAUUUUUCAAAUUGAAGUUUCUUCGUAAACGAACCGAUGGUGUAAUGGUUGUCGAGUUGGUAGACAGCAGUGACAAACCGUGA